AGAAUCCAAGUAGGCCUGGCCAUUGCCGUUGCCCACCUAUUCCCAUCCCUUACAUUCAGAUUCGACCCAGGCCCGCCCAGAGACAGCCAGCACACGCACACACACAGCAGCUCGCAGCCGGAUUCCAAAUCACUCACCAGAACCAGACGAUGGCCGAAGGCUUCAAGAAAUACUUCAAUGGUACCACCAUCAAUGGACGCGCCAACGUGGCCAAAGCCACGUAUGCCACCCUGGCCCUGCUCUACAUCUUCUAUCGCCUGCGCCGCGGCUCUGGCAAGGAGUCCCAGCUGGCCAGCGAAACCUGCAGCUGCGAUGCCGAGACUGAGACCAUGCCCCACGGCGACACUGGAAUCUAUGGCUCCAGUGAUCCCGACUGUCCCGUCUGCCGGGAUCGUUCCGAGCGGGCAAUGAGCGAGCAUGAUCGCGAGCAGCAGCGCAAGGCGGCGGCCGAGGACAAUAAUGGUUGUCGGGACGAUCCGCCGCCACCGCCGCCUUCUAAUGGCGGUGCAGGAGGUUCUGGCAGGCCGCGGGCCAAGUGUCCCUGCGAGGAUUCGCAGAAGCGCGUGAAUGGCGCCCUCAAGAACAGCAAUAGCCACAGCAGCCACAUCAGGGCGUGGAGCCAUCAGCUACAGCCACCGAACCAGUACCAGCAGCAUUUCCAGCAGCAUGUAGUUACCGCGCCAACGGAUCAGGGAGGUCCGGUCAGCGAGCUGAUGAGGCAGGUGCAGGAUGCCGUCUCCCGGGUGAUGCGCGGCGUCGUAGACGCUGUGACGGGCGGUGCGGCGUCGUCGUCGGUCAACACCACCACCGGCGGCAGCACCAGCAGCAGCAGCAGCAGCAGUGUGGGCGAGGCCCAGUCCAGUAGCCAGUCCUCCUACUACGGACAGGAUGAGGACGAAGAGGAAGAUGAGGAGGAGGAUGGGUGGGACGAAGGCCGGGUGUAUGACACCCGCAAAAAUCCGCUCUUCUGUACGCCCACAUCCAACGCUAGUGGCACGGCGAAGCCCCAGGAGGAUGCCUUUGAGGACAACUACAAUGCCUUCAGCGAUGGCUUCGCCUCGGAUAUGUUCUUCACCAGCGAUUCAAGAUGAGCGGCGGGAAGUCCAGAACUAAGACGGGGCUGUGCGAGCGCCUCUUGUGGGUUCUAAAUUUAUGGUUUCCUUAAUAAAUCUGGCCGAGAGACCAA